CAACUCGCUAUCACGGUGCAUAAGUAGUAUAUGUGCCUUCAUAUGCGGGCAUUAUAGUCGCACUCAAAGUCCAUCAACGGGUGAGAGCUAAGGAACCUGAACUUGAUGAUAUUGAUGCACAGUAAAGUAGCCAAAACAUAUAAUCUGCAACAAUGAUGGAGGAAGAUACAGACCCCAAGCAAUCCUUGCUGCAUCAUCAUCAAAAUGGCGACACACACACCAUCACCUUCAAUGGUUACGGCAGCAUGCCGACAGAGCGACCGUCAUCACGGAACUCUUCUGUAGGUAACUACAGCAGUGCCAUCAAACGUACCCUGAGUAUGACGGGGAAUUCAGAAGAAAUAACACUGACUUGGCACAAUGUUAAUGUUUACAUUCCUCCAAAGAGUAGACCCUGUUGUCGGGGUCCACCCCCUGGGGCCACGGCUAAACACAUAUUGAGGGAUGUGAAUGGAUGUGUGAAACCAGGUUCCCUAUUAGCAGUUAUUGGAGCUAGUGGAGCAGGAAAGUCCACCCUAAUGAAUGUGUUGACAUACCGUAACCGUGGAAACCUAGUGGUAGAUGGGACAGUCAAGGUCAAUGGCAAGGUCAUUGGACCAGGCAUAACAAAUGUUUCUGUGUAUGUUCAACAGGAGGAUUUGUUUAUUGGGGUUCUCACAGUCAGGGAACACUUGCAGUUCCAAGCUCAGUUGAGGAUGGACAGGGAAGUGCCCUUUGAGGAGAGAAUGGACAGGGUGGAAGAAGUGAUUGAGGAGACUGGACUGUCCAAGUGUGCAGACACCAGGAUAGGAAUUCCUGGAAGAAUCAAGGGGAUCUCUGGUGGAGAAAUGAAAAGGUUGUCAUUUGCCUCUGAGGCACUGACUGACCCUCCACUGAUGUUUUGUGAUGAGCCGACAUCAGGCCUGGAUUCUUUCAUGGCAGAGAGUAUUGUACACACCCUGAAAACCAUGGCGCGCAAGGGGAAGACAAUUCUUUGUACCAUUCAUCAGCCUUCUUCACAGGUCUUUGCCAUGUUUGAUCAGCUUCUACUGUUAGCAGAGGGGCGUGUUGCAUACAUGGGACCAACAGCUGGGGCCUUUAAGUUUUUUCAAGAAUUGAAUUUUACCUGUCCGCCAAAUUUCAACCCAGCUGACCAUUUCAUCCAUACACUGGCCAUUAAACCUGGACAAGUGGACACUUGCAAACAGAGGGUUAAUGAAAUCUGUGAUGGUUAUGAUUCCAGUCCAUUUUCCAAGGCAAUUCAAGACAACAUGGCAGAACAAGGACAGGAGAAUGGAGAUAACUUUUUCCUUGAUGCAGCGAUAUCUGGAAAAGCUGUAUACAAAGCAAACUGGUUUCAACAAUUCCGUGCCGUAUUUUGGCGCUCCUGGCUGACUAUGGUACGAGAUCCUAUGGCUUACAGGAUCCGAACAAUACAGAGCAUAUUCAUCGCAGUACUACUGGGCCUCAUAUAUUUACGGCAACCAGAUAAGAAUGAAGGGUAUUAUGACCAGUCUGCAGUUCAAAACAUCAAUGGUCUGAUGUUCUUGUUGUUAACAAAUAAUUCAUUUGCUAACAUGUUCCCUGUUAUCAAUACUUUUCCUCUAGAAAUUCCAGUGUUCAAAAGAGACCACAACAAUGGCAUGUACAGGACAGAUGUGUAUUUUCUAUGCAAGACUUUUGCUGAGUUUCCAAGCUAUGUGAUCACACCGUUGAUAUUCUCCGCCAUAGCCUACUGGAUGGUAGGGCUUUAUCCCGGUGGAGAGGAGUUUUUAUUCAACAUGGCUGUGCUUAUCCUGGUGGCAAACUGUGCAGUGUCCUUCGGCUACAUUAUCUCCACAGCUGCUAACUCGCUGACUGUGGCAUUGGCAUUAGCUCCACCUCUGCUCAUUCCUUUCAUGUUGUUUGGUGGGUUCUUCUUGAAUCAGGAUAGUGUACCCGUGUACUUUAUCUGGCUGAACUACAUGUCCUGGUUCCCGUACUCCAAUGAGGUCAUCACAGUUGUUCAGUGGAGAAAUGUGGACACCAUUCUGUGUCAUAAUGGUACAAGUUGUGCAUUUAGAACAGGGCAAGACAUUAUAGACUACUACAGCUUCAAGGAGGAGAACAUUUUAAGGAAUAUUCUUCUCCUGGUGGCUCUGCUUGUUGGCUACAGACUCAUAGCUUACAUUAUAUUUCUCAUCAAGACAUGGAAAAGGGAGUAGAUUGUGUUAUGCGACAAGAAGAAAGCAUUGUGUUAAUUGCAGUUAUUGAAAUAAUUUUAAGGGACUUUUCACAUUUUAGCAUUGUGGUCUGUAUUGGGACACUUUGAGAGGGAGGCAAGGAAAACCCUGUCCUGAGAUAAGGACUCAUUGAUAAAGAGUCAAAGCUUCAUUACUCAUAGAAAAAAAAUCUUAAGAUACAAUUCAGGAGCAGAUGAAGGCCAUGCAUCUUCUGGGUCUUAUGGAAAAUGGUUAGAAUUUUUCAUGUUUACAUUGACGGACAUCUAAUUUUUUCUCUCGCAAGAUGCUCGAAAAU